AUGACAGCUGAGAGCCAACUGUCCCCUACUAGAGCUACUGGAGCAGGCACCAACCUACAACAAUCAAGUAACUUGUCUAUGCCAGUAGUCAAGGUGGAGAAGGAGCCUGCAUCUGAAGCAAAUGUAUCUAGUGGGCCUCUUGAAGUGGAGGACGCUGCUAAAGGAAGAAGAAGGAAAAGACCCCUGCAGAGGGGUAAACCACCUUACAGCUACAUUGCUCUCAUAGCCAUGGCUAUUGCUCACUCUUCUGACAGAAAGCUUACCUUAGGAGGCAUCUACAAGUUCAUUAUGGAAAGGUUUCCUUUUUACCGGGACAACUCAAAGAAGUGGCAAAACUCCAUAAGACACAACCUUACCCUCAAUGAUUGCUUCAUCAAAAUCCCUAGGGAGCCAGGAAGGCCUGGAAAAGGCAACUACUGGGCCUUGGACCCUAACGCUGAAGAUAUGUUUGACAGUGGAAGCUUCCUUAGAAGAAGGAAGAGAUUCAAAAGGACAGAUCUCACCACAUAUCCAGCCUACAUACAUGACACUAGUAUGUUCCCAUCUCUGCAAGUGAGUAGGCCAUCUUAUCCUAAUUCUGUGUAUUCCAAUAUGACGAUGAGCCCCACAUAUAGUCAGCAGAUCACCCCUCAUUCCUCUGUCUACUAUCCUUCUUCUUCUCCAGUCUUUGGUUCUAGUCAGUCUAGAGUGUUCAGCAUCAAUACACUUAUAGGGCAUUCCAGUGGCACAGAGCAUACUCAGCAAGCAAGCAGAUCCAUGAGUCCAGAGGUCAACUCUCCUAAUGCCAACUCUUGCAAUUACACUGGUGCAAAUUAUAACAGCCAAACAGGAGGAAGUAGUAUGCUACAAAGACCCACCAACCCCAUGUCAUAUUCUUAUCCAGUGCCAAACAGCCACCUACAACUGAAUCAAAGUUCUUAUUCACAUGGUAACACACAGCUCUUUGGCACAUCCAGCAGAUUAGCAAUGCCCACUUCUCCAGUAAUGAACAGUGAUGGCAUGGACUUCUAUGGUAGGAUGUCUCCAGGACAGUACACCUCAUUGACUGCCUACAAUAGUAAUGGACAACUAGCCAGCACUAAUGCUUACCUUCGACAUGCAACAUACUCUGGGAACAUGGACAGAUUUGUGCCUGCAGUUUAA